AUGUAUCGCAAUCAAUCAUUGAAUAUUUCAUAAUUUAAAAUAAGAAUGAAAGACCUAGGUCAAUCUCUGAUUUUGAUAUAUUUGCUUAUUCUCGUUUAAAAUACUUCUGCAGAGCCAACCACUCUGAGUGUUUCUAAUGCAACUUGUUCUUGCACUUAAGUUUUAACUGAGAAAGAAUGCAAAGAACGUAAAUGCUAUUGGAACAAUAAUGUGUGUUCCAAUUUAACUUUAAAGACUACUAAUUAUUGCGAAUUGAUAGGGAUUGAAGUAUGUAUGAGUACACCAGGUUGUGCUAAUGUUUCUGAGAAAUGCGUUUCUUUCUCAGGAUGCAGCACAUAUCAAUACCAUACGAAUGAAAUAUGCUAAAACAUCUCAACGAGUUGUACGACAGAUGGAGAAUAGUGUAUAGAAUUGGAUAAGUGUAGUAAUUACACAAAUUAGAUAAGUUGUGUUAGGGAUGAAACUGGAAAAUUUUGUUAUUGGAAUACUGAUAAGAAGGUAUGUUCAUUGACAACAAGUUGUGAUCUAUUACCAAACACUUUGAAUUCUGAUGGUUUAUGUAGAGCAUAGAUCAGUAGCUGCACAAUGAAGAACGGUGGUGGAUGUGAGGUAAGUGGAGAAAAAUGUGAAAAUCAAAAAUUUGAGGGAGCUUGUUUUACAAGUCUAGAUCAAAAAACUAAGUGUAUUUGGGAUACAAAUAUAUGCAAAGAUAAAACUUGUAUAAACGCACUUCAAACCAAUACAACCCAUGAUUUAUGUACAGCAUAUUUAGCCACUUGUACAGUUAAUGAUACAUUAAAUGGAUGCCAAGAUUUACCAGUGUAAUGUUCAGCAUUGAAUCUUUAGAAUAAUUGUAUAAUUAACAGUGGUGGAUAAAAGUGUUAUUGGAACAAGAACAAUAAAAAAUGCGAAGAUAAAAAUUGUGAUAAUGCAUCUGAUGAUAAUUAGAAUCAUGAUAUGUGUUAGCAAUGGUUGAGUAUUUGCACUGUUAAUUCUGGAGGAAUAGGUUGUUAGACUAAAUUAAGUGAUUGUACAAAAUACACUGCUUCAAAUCAAUGUGUUUAGACAUUAACAGGAGAUGAAUGUUUUUGGAAUGAGGGCAAGUGUUUAUUAAAAUCUUGUGAGAAUGCUCCCUCUACUAAUAUUACUGAUGAAAUGUGUUCUUAAUUUUUAUCUACUUGCACUGUUCAAAUUGACUUAACUGGAUGUGAAAAGAAAAAGACCUCUUGUUCUCUCUUCGCCAAAGAAUAACAGUGUGUAUCUUAAUUGAAUGGAAAGUUGUGUAUAUUUUAGAAUAAUGUGUGUAUUGAGAGACUUUGCAGUAAUGCAUCUGAAGACUUUACAAAUGAUUAGGAAUGUAAGAGGUUCUCGUCUACUUGUAUGGUCAAAUCUACUUAUAAAGGAUGUGUUUUACAAGAAUGCAAGAAUAUUUUAACAGGUGAUAAUUGUACCUUUGAUUAUCAAAAUAAAAAAUGUUAUUAUGGAUAAUAGUGUUAAUAAAGAAGUUGUGCUAAUGCUCCAUUGACAUAUAAAACAGAUGCGGAAUGUAGAGCCUUUUUAAAUGAUUGCACAGUCACUUAAUAACUUAAAGGAUGUAUUGAGAGACCACUAUCAUGUGAUAGAUUGAGCGAAAAAUAAUGUAUAAUGUUAAGUGAUAAUGUGACAAAAUGUAGUUGGAAUGAUGAUAAUGAGAAUAAUAAAGUAUGUAGAAUCUUGGAUUGCUCAGAUAUUAUACCAGGAACAUAAACGAAUGAAACUUGUAGUGCUUUCGAUCCCUCCUGUACAGUUGCUGAUCUUUCAAGUACAUGCAUGAAAAAACCUUUGGGUUGUUCAUUGAUGCUAAACAAAUAGCAUUGUUUUGGAGUAGUUCUUAUAGAUAUGAAAUCAACUUGUAGUUGGGAUAAUGAUAAUUCCUUGUGUAGAGAUCGUUAAUGCUCAGAUUCUGAUUAAUCCAUAAAGACUGAAGAGGGCUGUCGACAAUACUUAGCUACAUGUACACUAAGUCCAACAGGAAGUGGAUGUGUGAAUGAGCCAACAUCAUGCAAAGGGUACAAAACCAAAGAUGCUUGUAGACGUUUAGUGUCUGAUCCAAACAAUAUAGUCAUGUGCGGUUGGAAUGGGUGUGAAAAUAGAACUUGUUUGAAUGCACCAAUUGCCGGUUCAGGGUAAUUAUAUACACAUAAAUCAUGUAACUCUUAUUUAAGUACAUGUACAUUGAAUGCAGAUUAGACUGGUUGUGUUGCUCAGUUUUCAUCCUGUGAUUAAAUUAAGAAUUAAGUAUAAUGUGCAGACACCAUUUUAAUAAGUGGGACAAGAUGUUAUUACGAUGUUUCAACUGACAACUAUUUCUGUAGAGACUUCAGAUGCACUGAUGAAAACUCGUCAUAAAUGACUCAUGCAAAAUGCUAGGCUUUAAGUAUUUAAUGCACUCUUGGUGAAGUUGGGAUGGGUUGUGUUGAAAUGUUAAAUACUUGUUCAAACAUCAAAGAAAUGUAGUAAUGUGAAGGAACUAUUUUGAGCUUCAAUCGUUAUUGCAGUUGGGAUACAACCAUUGAAAAUUAAAACCCAACUUGUAAAGAUAGAGCCUGCAAAUAUAGUCCUUUUAAGGGCUCUUCUGCUAGCUGUGAGAAUUACUAAGAUUCCUGUACUCUUGGGGAUCCUGAGUUAGGAUGUAUUGAAAAACCUGCAUCUUGCAAUGGUCUAAAUCAAAAACAAUGUGUGAAUGUUAAAUUGAUCAAUGGAACUUAUUGUUCAUUCAAUAGUACUAUCGUUGAUGAGGCUUUAUAAUGUCGCGGUAGAGUUUGCGCUGAUGCUCCAACUAAAUAUCAGACUGAUGCCCAAUGUAAAACCUGGCUACCUAGUUGCACAGUAAGAUCUGAUUAAGCUGGUUGUGUUGAUGAACCUUCAGAUUGUACUUUAAUGGUUAAAUAGUAAUGCAUCACUUCCAAAGGAGUUACUUGCUUCUGGAAUGGCUAUGCCAAUCCUUCCAACUGCAGAGUGGCUCUGUGCACUGAUGCAAGCAAAACCUUAUAUACAAGUGAUGCUCUCUGUAAAACCUAUAGAUCAGAUUGUACGGUUGCUAAGGCAAACGGAUGUAUUACAUAACCAACUUCCUGUGCCUCGUUGGAUUAAGAUCAUUGUCCUAGGAUAACAAUCUAUGCGACUGAUAAGGAGGCUAGUGAAAAUAAGUGCAGUUGGAAUCUCUCGGCUUCAGCAUGUUAAGAUCGAGUUUGUAGUGAUGCCCCUACGACAAUCAUUACAGAAGAAGGCUGUAGAGGUUGGCUCAAAACUUGCACUCUUGGAUUGACCAAUUAAGGUUGUAUUAUUGAAUAGACAUCUUGCGAUUUAGUAUAAACAUAGAAUUAAUGUUAAGUGUUAUCUGAUGGUACUAGAUGUGGAUGGAACGCAGGUUGUGUAAACAGAACAUGUUCCAAUGCUCCUGAUAUUUAUACCUCUGAUGAAUAAUGUAGAGCCUAUCUUUCAACUUGCACUGUGUAAGCAGAUGGAAUUGGCUGUAUUAUUAGAGCAUCGAAAUGCACUGAUAUUUUAAUCGAUAGACAAUGCAUUAAAAUAGAUGAUAGUAAAUUAUGUCAAUGGAAUUCCUCUAAAAUGAAAUGUGAAGAUAGAGCAUGCACUAAUGCUCCUAAUACUUAUAUCAAUCAUGAUCUAUGUAUUGAAUACUUACCAACUUGUACAGCAAAGGCAAGUGGAGCUGGCUGUUAAUCUCUAUCUGAUAAGUGUUCUACCUACACAUCUAAUAAACAGUGUGUGUUAACAUUGAGCUACACUGGAUGUCAAUGGGUAAUGAUUUCAGGAAUAGGAUAAUGUCUAGAUAUUUACGAAUCUUGUUCAUCUUACAAUAUUGAAGCAUCUUGCACUGCAUAAACAGAUAAAUCUAAGUGUAUUUGGUUGAAUGGAUCUUGUUAUAAUAGAGAAUGUCAUCAUGCACCCAAAUACUUUUCAACUCAUGAGUAAUGUCAGUAUUAUGGAAAUUGUACUACGAAUGGGCAAGGAUGUAUAAAUUAUACACCAUGCGAUCAAUAUAAAUACACAGAUGCCUGUGUAUAGGGACUGAGUGGAAAGUGUGUACUUGUUAACUAAUGUCAAGAUAUCAGUUGUGACUUAGCCCCUGUUAAUUAUAAAACUCAUUCUGAUUGUCAGGCAUUCCUUUCUACCUGUACUACGAAUGGAAACGGGUGCAUUGAAAUCAGGAGAUGUCAAGAUGCUUAUGUGGAAGAAGCCUGUAAAUUCAAUGCUAGUAAGUUAGAGUGUGCUUGGGUGAAUGGAAUUUGUUAUGAUAAAAGUUGCGACACUGCUGAUACGACUAUUCAAUCAGAAAAAGGAUGUUAUGAUUACUAUCCUGAAGGCAAUUGCACAACUAAAAAGGGAGGAGGGUGUGUGACAAAAGGCAAAUGCAAAGAUGCAUAAGUAGAAUCAGCGUGCAUAUCGUAAUCUGAUGGAUAGAAAUGCUCGUGGCAAAAUGGAAGUUGCUAAUUGAGAUCAUGCACAGACAUACAGGGAUAUGAUCAUUUAACAUGCAAUACAGCUUAAGCAGAAUGCACAACAGAUGGAUUUCAAUGUACAAUGAUGAAAACAUGUUCGAACACCCUGAUUGAAUAAGCCUGUAUCAAGGGAACUGAUGGACCUUGUCGAUGGAGUUAGGGGAAGUGUUAUAGAUAUACGAAAUGUACAGAUCUCACAUAUCCAACUCAUGUUAAGUGCAACUCUAUACAUCCUUAAUGUACUACCAAUGGGAUUAAUUGUGUUUCCAUCACAAAUUGUUCUAACACACCUAAAGUUGCUUGUUUUAUAGGUAUAAGCAACAAUUAAAUUGGAAAAUGUAUUUGGACACCAAUGAAUAUAAAAGCAUCAGCUUCUUAUCAAUGCAUUGACUUUAAUGAUUGUGCAAAUGCUUUAUAUCUAAAUCACAAUGAUUGCUAUAAUUACUCCCUUGGUUAGUGUACAAGUGAUGGUAUAAGUGGAUGUAUUAAAUUGGAUAACUGCACAAAGUAUACUGUAGAAUCCGCAUGCUUCAUCGAUUAAGCCGGAAAAACAAUAAAUUCAGCUGGAGCAAUAACAUCAACAGGAAAAUGCAAAUGGUCAGAAGGGAAGUGUGUUGCCUAAGGUUGUUCUGAAAUCAUUGGAUCUAAUCAUGAAGAUUGCAAUAGCUAACUAAGCACUUGUACUUAUAAUGGUAAGAGUUGCGUUGUAUAAGGGACAUGCAGUACCUUUACAACUAGUGAUUCCUGCAUAACUGCCACAGGUACAGAUGGGAAAUGCUAUUGGGAGAGUGGUGUUUGUACAGCUAUGAAAUGUGAAGAUUAUCCUGUCACUUUAUGUUCACUUUAUUCAUCCACUUGCAUUCAAGACGGAUCAUCAUGUGUCUCAUUGAAAGAUUGCACUUCAUACAAAACUCAGUCUGCUUGUGAUUAUGGUAGUCCAACCAGUGUGUGUGCUUGGAUUAUCACUUCAGUCAAUAAUAAAGGCAAAUGUGUCGAAGUGACUACCUGUACCAUAGCAACUGUCUACGAAAAGGCAUGCAGGAGAUUAUCUGAUAGAUGUUAUUGGUAAUCCAUUGUUGUUGCCAAUCAAACUGAAUACAUCUGUUCUCCCAAGACUUGUGAGAUACAAACAGAUUAGACUUGUACAGGAUUUUAUGACUGGUCUCUUAAAUCUUAUACGGUGUGUUAAUUCAGUCCUCAAGGUAAAUGUGUGUCCACUGAACCCAAUAGUUUAUCUUAAAAUGAUUGCCCUAUAGCUACUUUAUAUCAAUACACUUGGAAUCCAACUACAAAUAAAUGCUCAAUUUGCAACUCAGUUCAGACUAACAAUUCUAGCAAUUAAAACUAAUCAAAUUCAGCUGAUAGUGGUUCAACAAUCAUCUUAUCGAUUAUAGUUCUUAUUCUUGGCUUUAUAAUUUGA